UCCCGUGCUGUGCUGCUCUCCUCUCCUUUCCUCCUCUCCUUUUUGCUGCUCUCUUCUCUCUUCUUUCUCCAUUUCCUUUUCUUUGUUUUUUACUCUGUUCUGGAACGUAUGCUCCGGGUGGACUGGCAGACUGGGAUACUGGGAUACUGCAGGUGGAGAGAGGGCUGGAUGCUCCAGGCGUUCAGAACUCGGCCAUCGGACCCUGUGGAUCUGUGGGGAGGGGAGGGAGGGGUGGGGGAGAGGGAGAGUGGAAGGAUUGCACCCAGGUGAAGGAAGGGCUGAGCUGCCGGGGGACCAAAACAAAGGUGGUGGUCUGGUGUUAGGGGUCAUGCUCUGCCGGGAUCUGAGUUGUUCUAUUUGGCCGGAGACUCUGCUGCUUUGCCCCCUCCAAAGGGCUCUUUUCUUGGAAAAGCCAGGCGGGAGGAGCGGGAACCAUGAACCAGCAGCUGGAUGCUCCGCGGCCAAUCAACUGGACCAUUAGGAAACUGUGCGCUGCAGCCUUCCUACCAUCUGUACGCCUGCUCAAGGCACAGAAAUCGUGGAUUGAGAGAGCCUUCAACAAGAGAGAAUGUGUUCAUAUCAUAGUGAGUGCCAAAGACCCCCAUAGGUGCUGCUGUGGCCGUCUGAUUGGUCAGCACGUUGGCCUGCCCCCCGGCAUCUCCUCCAGUCAGAAUGACAAGACGGAGCGUCUGGCUAAGAAUGACAGCCUAUCAGAGAAAUGGUCAAUCAGCAAACACACCCAGCUCAGCCCCACCGACGCCUUCGGAACCAUCGAGUUCCAGGGAGGGGGCCACUCUAACAAAGCCAUGUAUGUGCGUGUGUCCUACGACACCAAGCCAGACCUCCUGCUGCACCUGAUGACCAAGGAGUGGCAGCUGGACCUUCCCAAGCUGCUCAUCUCGGUGCAUGGGGGCCUGCAGAACUUUGAGUUGCAGCCCAAACUCAAACAGGUCUUUGGCAAGGGUCUCAUCAAGGCUGCAAUGACAACCGGAGCCUGGAUCUUCACCGGCGGGGUCAACACAGGGGUGAUCCGGCAUGUGGGUGAUGCGCUAAAGGACCAUGCCUCUAAAUCUCGGGGGAAGAUCUGCACUAUUGGCAUCGCCCCCUGGGGCAUCGUGGAGAACCAGGAGGACCUGGUGGGAAAAGAUGUGGUCCGACCGUACCAGACCAUGUCCAACCCACUGAGCAAGCUGACCGUGCUCAACAGCCUGCACUCCCACUUCAUCCUGGCCGAUAAUGGGACCACAGGGAAGUACGGUGCUGAGGUCAAACUCCGCAGACAGCUGGAGAAACACAUCUCCCUGCAGAAGAUCAACACACGUAUUGGUCAGGGAGUGCCGGUGGUGGCUCUGAUAGUGGAGGGGGGUCCUAAUGUGAUCUCCAUCGUGUUGGAGUACCUGAGGGACACUCCGCCUGUCCCCGUGGUGGUGUGUGACGGGAGCGGGCGUGCCUCAGACAUCCUGGCAUUUGGACACAAGUACUCCGAGGAGGGAGGGAUCAUAAAUGAGACUCUGAGGGACCAGUUGCUGGUGACCAUACAGAAGACAUUCACGUACAGCCGGACCCAAGCCCAACACCUCUUCAUCAUCCUCAUGGAAUGCAUGAAGAAGAAGGAGUUGAUAACAGUUUUUCGGAUGGGGUCUGAAGGACACCAGGACAUUGACCUGGCCAUUCUCACUGCUCUGCUUAAAGGAGCCAACGCAUCGGCUCCUGACCAGCUCAGCCUGGCCCUGGCCUGGAACCGAGUAGACAUCGCUCGCAGUCAGAUCUUCAUCUAUGGACAACAGUGGCCUGUGGGUUCUCUGGAGCAGUCUAUGCUGGAUGCCCUGGUGCUGGACAGAGUGGACUUCGUCAAGCUGCUGAUCGAGAACGGAGUGAGCAUGCAUCGCUUCCUCACUCUCUCCAGAUUGGAGGAGCUCUACAACACGAGACAUGGACCAUCCAACACUCUAUACCACCUGGUCAGAGACGUCAAAAAGGGUAACCUCCCACCAGAUUACCGCAUUAGUCUCAUUGACAUUGGAUUGGUCAUCGAGUACUUGAUGGGCGGAGCUUACCGAUGCAACUACACCAGGAAGAGGUUUAGAACGCUGUAUCAUAACCUCUUUGGACCCAAACGACCCAAAGCCCUGAAACUGCUGGGGAUGGAGGAUGACAUGCCGAUCCGAAGGGGUCGUCAGAAGACUACACGGAAACGGGAGGAGGAGGUGGACAUUGACCUGGACGACCCUGAGAUAAACCACUUCCACUUCCCUUUCCAUGAGUUGAUGGUGUGGGCCGUGCUGAUGAAGAGACAGAAGAUGGCACUGUUCUUCUGGCAGCACGGGGAGGAGGCCAUGGCUAAAGCCCUGGUGGCUUGUAAGCUGUGUAAGGCCAUGGCCCACGAGGCCUCCGAGAACGACAUGGUGGACGACAUCUCACAGGAGCUCAACCAUAACUCCAGUGAGUUUGGCCAGCUAGCCGUUGAGCUGCUGGACCAGUCUUACAAGCAGGAUGAGCAGAUGGCCAUGAAGCUGCUAACCUACGAGCUGAAGAACUGGAGUAACGCCACCUGCCUUCAGCUGGCUGUGGCCGCCAAGCACCGCGACUUCAUCGCCCACACUUGCAGCCAGAUGCUGCUCACCGACAUGUGGAUGGGACGGCUGCGCAUGCGCAAGAACUCUGGACUUAAGGUGAUCUUGGGCCUGCUGCUGCCUCCGUCCAUCCUGAGUCUGGAGUUCAAGAACAAGGAUGAGAUGUCAUACAUGCCCCAGGACCAGGACACUUACCUGCAGGAGAAGGAGGAGGAGCCUGAGAAGCCUGCCAAUGAGAAGGAAGAAGAGGACAUGGAGUUCACAGUAAGAUCCUACUGUGAGACGCAGUACAACUCCGUGGCCAUGCUGGGUAAGGUAAGCACGGAGGCGUCUCGUAAGAAGGGCGUGGGGGAGGUCCAGAAUAGACACCGGCUCAUCCCCAUGGGCCGGAAGAUCUACGAGUUUUACAACGCCCCCAUCGUCAAGUUCUGGUUUCACACAAUGGCCUAUGUGGCGUACCUGAUGCUGUUCAACUAUAUUGUGCUGGUGAAGAUGGACCUGUGGCCCUCACCGCAGGAGUGGAUAGUCAUCGCUUACAUCUUCACCAAUGGCAUCGAGAAGAUGAGAGAGAUUCUGAUGUCGGAGCCGGGGAAGCUGUUGCAGAAGGUAAAGGUGUGGCUUCAGGAGUACUGGAACAUCACGGACCUCAUGGCCAUCCUCAUCUUCUCUGUGGGCAUGGUGCUCCGCCUCCAGGAGCCGCCCCUCAUGAGUUAUGGCCGGGUCAUCUACUGCGUUAACAUCAUCUAUUGGUACAUCCGGCUGCUCGACAUCUUUGGCGUCAACAAAUACCUGGGCCCCUAUGUCAUGAUGAUCGGCAAGAUGAUGAUUGACAUGAUGUACUUUGUGAUCAUCAUGCUGGUAGUGUUGAUGAGUUUCGGAGUGGCCAGGCAGGCCAUCCUGAAUCCCAAUGAGGACCCGUCCUGGAUGCUGGCUCGGAACAUCUUCUUCAUGCCUUACUGGAUGAUCUAUGGAGAGGUGUUCGCUGAUCAGAUCGACCAUGUACAUAGUAGGAAGCUAAAGCACAGGCUGAAUUCAAAACUCUGGAUGAUCGAAAAUCAGUUUCGAGCUCAUGGAACCUGGCGUAAUAAUGCUCCAUGUGGCCAGAAUAUCACCACAGAGGACGGGCAUGUUGUGGCUCUGCCACCCUGUAAGACGGGAGCCUGGAUCGUUCCUGCCAUCAUGGCCUGCUACCUUCUGGUGGCCAACAUCCUGCUGGUCAACCUGCUCAUCGCUGUUUUCAACAACACCUUCUUUGAGGUGAAGUCCAUCUCCAACCAGGUGUGGAAGUUCCAGAGGUACCAGCUCAUCAUGACCUUCUACGAGCGGCCCAUCCUCCCCCCUCCCCUCAUCAUUUUCAGUCACAUGACCAUGGUCCUCAAGCACCUGUGCUGUCGCUGGCGUAAGCACGACGAUGACGAGAGAGACUAUGGGCUGAAGCUCUUCAUCACUGAAGACGAGCUGAAGAAAGUGCAUGACUUUGAGGAGCAGUGCAUCGAGGAGUACUUCCGCGAGAAGGAUGACCGCUUCAACUCCUCAAAUGACGAGAGGAUCCGAGUGACAUCAGAGAGAGUGGAGAACAUGGCCAUGCGCCUGGAGGAGGUGAAUGAGAGAGAACACUUCAUGAAGUCAUCUCUGCAGACCGUGGACAUAAGGCUGGCCCAGAUGGAGGAGCUGAUUGGUCGGAUCGCUGUGGCUCUUGAGCGAGUCACAGGGGUGGAGCGGGGGGAGGUCAACAAGGCCCGCUCACGCACCUCCUCGGACUGCACAGACUCGGCCUACAUGCUGCGUCAGGGUGAGUGCCCAGAUGCGGCUUACAUCCUGCGCCAAAGCAGCUUCAACAGCCAAGAGGGGAACUCCUACCGGCUCAAUGAGGGUGCAGAGGGCUCCAUGUCUCCGCCCUCCCCCACCGGCCUGGCCACUCGCACGCGCAGUCACUCCUUCUACGUGGGUGGAGGUCUUGAGCGAGCUGGGGCCGACAGGGCCGAAAGGGCCGACCGUUUCCUCAAGGAGCGCUCCUUCAGCCUGCACCGAGCCAAUAGCUCACAGUCGGUGGCCUCGGGUACCGCCCCCAAGGAGUCUAAGCCCCUCCCACUGGCCACGCUGUCCAUCUCCCAGCAGCACCGCCCCUCUUCCUGCAUCGACAUCUAUGUGUCGGCAUCCGAGGAGGCGGGGCCAGCCGAGGUCUUCUCGGACCCGCUGAGGAUGGGCCCUCCCCUCCGGCACGACUCUUCGCUCCACUCUGAGAUUAUGGAGGCGGUGCUGUCGAGCGGGAGGGACUACAGCGGAGGCAGCGGAUUGGGCGACAGACACUCGGAGGGUGGUGCAGUGUUCGAGGACAGCGCGGCUGCAGACCUGUCGCUAUGCUCCGCCCACCUUCUCCCAGAUAACACCAUGCCGACCUGGGACCUGGACCCCUCCCCACCCCCGUCAGCGGGGCCACUGGAGCGCUCCAAGAGCAGCCGCUACCUGUCCACUGGCGGCAGGGGCUACCUAGAAGAGACUCAGCUGGUCAAAUCUCACAGCCUCAUGUUUACACCGCGAGGCUGCUACGGAGGCCUAGGGGCAGGUGUUCAGGUCAAAGCGGCUGAGUACACCAGCAUCACCGACUGCAUAGACACCAGGUGUGUCUCCGCCCCUUACUCCACCGCAGAGCGCUCCCACUCCCCCGGAGGCUCCACCUCAUUCCCCUUCAAUAAGCCUGCGGACUUGGGCUCCUCCCACCCAGAGCGCGAGGCCGAGCUCAGCCACACAGAGUCAGACCCUGAAGACCCAGAGGACCUGGCCCCGGCCCCCGAGCCCCAUCGCAUGGGGAGGGGCUUAAGAGGGGCGAGUGGGACCCCAUUCUGCUCACCCUUCUCCAGAAUGGAACGAGCCAACAGCUGCUCCUCAGAUGACUCCUCCCACCCAUCAUUGGCCCCUCCUUCACACAGAAAAAGCCUGUCGGUCAGUGAGAGGAUGGAGAGGGGUGCAGACCGUGGGGUUCUGGGGGGACCCAGGAACCCCUUCCUGAGGAGCAAGUCAGGGGCACGGCCCGACACCAAGACAGACAGCCUUUCCAUGAGAAAGCUGACCACCCCCUCUGCGUUCAGCAGCUUCGACAGUAGACACAACUACACGUGACAAUGAUGAAGAAAACAGGACAGGGACAGGGCACACUCUGUUACUAUACAGGACCAUAGGGCCAGCCAGGGGUAAAGGCAAGGGUCAUGGGGAGGGCUCCUACCAGUGUAAAACAAAGUGCUAUGAAGCUAGGGUAGUUCUUACCUCCUCCUGAAGCUGACUCUUGUUGUAUGUUUGGUGAUGGAGGGUAUGUGCCGUGUCUGUCUACCAUCUUUUUAGUCAAGUCAACACAUUGUUACUGUAAUGCAUCACGUCACAGAACACUGGUGUAGCCCAAAUAGAAAGUAUAAAAAUGAAAUCUCUGAUAGGACAGUUUAGUCAGUCUUUAGAAAAUAAUAAACUUGGCCACCUGACAAUAUAAGACUGGAGGUCAGAAUUGUCACCUCAACCCAAAUUUCCUCAGGUUCCCUAGUUUCCUCUUUGCCCUUAAACUGCCCAUACUCAUGGAUAUGACUCUAUACUUCUGUGCUUCCACCACUGAAAUAGCACUCUGUCUUUCCACCACUGAAAUAGCACUCUGUCUUUCCACCACUGAAAUAGCACUCAGUCUUUCCACCACUGAAAUAGCACUCUGUCUUUCCACCACUGAAGUAGCGUUCAGUCUUUUCACCACAGACAUAGCACUGCAUGCUACAACAGUAGCAGCAGUAGUAACCUCAUCCCCAGGGUAAUUGUACAUACCGCAUAUAAGCCUGAAACACCACCCACUCAAAUCUGGCCUAUGUGGUAGUAAAAAAUUAAAACCACAAAAACAUUUUUGAUCUUAGCGAAUCACACGACUGGGCAUUGUGUCUCCUAUUCAAAAAACUUGUGCGACGCUAGCAAGACGGAGGUGGGAAGUGCUCAGAGGGAGGUGCUUGAUUACAAAUAAAGCCAAUGGCUAUGGAUUAUAACUUUUUCCUGAUCUUUCUGUUGGGAUAAUGAAGGCCACGUUUAAAGUUUUGGUCCACCAGACUGUCCAAGCAUGCAUAAGCGACAUAAGCGGUCGCUUCCGGGGGGCCCCCGACCCCCCAACAAAACUCAGUCUGGGAACUCAGUUGGGGUCUCAACUUACUGUUGAGAGAUAUAAUAGAAGAAUACACAAGGUGUAAGUUCGAAAUUUGGUUGUGCAUCAGCAGUUAUUUUUUUCUUGUUUUGUCAUUCACUGACAGUCAUUCAAUUAGCCAUGUCAGCUAACAAUUUUUAGAUUGAUAAGUUAGUCUAGCCAGUUAUCUAAACAGUGCCCAGGGGCACAAAUUGAUUUUGUUAGUCACGCUCACUCAGAUAUCAUUAACAUUUCAUAAAUCAUGGCAAAAUGGGUAGAGUUGCAGGAAAUUAGAUUUAAAUUUCAAAAAUGUCUCUCUGCCCCAUGGCAAAAUGAGUAGAAUUGUAUGAAAUAUGUUAUAAAAUUGCAACAUUUUAUCUCCGUCCCAUGCCAAAAUGUGUAGAACGGCAGAAAACUUAUUUAAAAACUGCAAAAAGUUUUGCUGCCCCAUGGCAAAAUCAGUAGAAUGCAUCUCCACUGUCAAGAGGGGGGCCACUAAACAUUUUGCCCUGUGUCAGAGCAUUGGGGGGGGGGGGGGGGGGGGGUCUGCUGAACUAAAUUACAGCAGUAGUGACUAUAGUAAAACACAUGGACACCAGUCAGCUGGGGAUGACUUUAUGAAUGGAUAGAGACAAUGAGCAUUGUGCCGGUUGAAUUUCUAGACAUAAUAGGGCUCUAUUAUGUAUAAUGCAUGUCCCUGGUUUAAAAUCCAUGCACAUUGACAGUCAAGUAACAUUGACUCAAUAGAUUUCAGGGGUCAAAAUCAGGGCAGUAAAAUCGAUUACCUACAGGACCUGAGUAACAGGGAAGAUGGGAAAUGUGAUUAAAUGUAGACUCAUCAUGUGCCUAUCUAUUUACUUGUUGUCCUAUCCCCAGUCACCCGGGCUUAGUGUCAUUGUGGCCUACAGUGUAAAGGUAUGAACAAAGUCUUAACACAUACACAUAGUCAUACGUGCACUCUAAUGCCAGCAAGGUGUGUGGAAUGGCUGAAGGAAAGCCAAAACAAUUAUUAUUAUUUCCCUUGGAUUAAAUCUGCUCAAAAUCUACUCAGUGCAAAACUCUAAACUGGGCACCAGAGGGGGCUGUGACCCUGUUUAAGGAGUCCUUCAUCCCAAGCAGUAAACUAAUGUUGAAAUUAGAACACAUCAAGAUCAGCCUUUUCAGCACGAAAACAUCAAGCAUGUCUGGUAAUGGCAUUGCCCGUUCCUUUCAUUCCUCUGGCAGCAGCAUUUUGUUGCUUGGAUCUGACACCUGCUAGUCUCGGGUAGCCAGAUAUGGUAAACUACGAUCAUUGGAUCCAUACUUCCUACUUUGUUUGGACGUUCAUUCAUGAUUUAUUCUAUUCAAAUCGAAGCACCAGACUAACCAGAGUAAUCGUUUAGAAUGAUCAUCUGAAAACAGCAGAGAAUAGUCUGCACAACAUGUAAGAAUAGAUAAUACUGUACAUUGUAUGUGUAGGCUAGAAGAGAAUGGUUAGAGAACUGAAUUCCACAAGAUGGAGUUAUUUGAAACAUUUGCAAAAGAGUCAACUCUAUGAAUCAUAUGCAUUUUAAGAGACAUAGAGGCACCAUUCAAGUUGAUGUAAAUGGCAGAGAACCAGAUUUGUUUAAUCGCUUAAUUUAUUACAACUAAAAAUAUCUGACAGGAGUGGAAUACCUGUUACAACAUGUUUGUAAUAAUGGAACAUGAUGAGUAACAUUUACAUCACAGGUUCUCAAAUUAGUUCUUUUUUAUAUUUGAUCAUUAUUAAAUCACUUCAAUUUAAUUGCACUGCAAUUGUUUUGAUUGAUUAUAUUUGACUAUUUUGUUGCUUACAAUGAAUAAUUGAAUGGCUGUUUGAAAUACAAACAGAAUAUUUAUAUAUUUUCAGUGCUAUUUUGUCUAAUUGAAAGUAUUUUGAAUUAUUACAAGGUUUUAACAUUAAUAAAAGGUGUCACCUAUAAGCACUAAAAACGUAUGUAUUAUAUGAUUCACUUAAUAUAUUAUGUGAUAAAUUACUAUAUUGUACAUCACAAUCAUAUUUAAAGUAUUUAAUAAUUUGCUAUAUUGUAUGUUCAUGAGCAACUGUCAAAAAGAAAUACAAAUAUAUAUAUUUUUUAUGUAGGUUGGAUAUUUCAAUGCAAUACUCCACUGCAAGCAUUACCAAACUGAGGGUGUCUUUCAGGCCUGGAGUAACUAUUUGAAAUUCACAGUAACUUAAACAUCUACAUAUAUCUUCACAUUUCUUUUGUUAGUAAUUCUUCUCACAAAUCUACUUACCCAUGGUAUCCUUUUCCUGUAUUUCGCAACUGUUGGGAUAAUGCAUUUCUGAAGUGUUUACAACAUUUUUUCUUACACUGGAGAAAGGCAUUGAUUUCAUGGCUAAGAACAUGCGUAAGAACUAAGAGAGAGAACUAGGAGAGAUAACUACUUGAUGCCUUUUGAGGGGAGGGCUAGCGGCUCUCUGUGUAUCUUCAUUAUUGAUCUGAAUGUUUAAUUUUCCUUAUCAAUGUCCAAUACCAUUGCAGGGUGUUUUCACACAUUUCCUAAGCUGCUUCUUUGUCUUGUAAGGUUGUAGAGUCGCGAGUGACGCUCAGCAAAUGAAGGAAAUGUGUUGUAUGAGCUGAAAACCAAAAAAUAAGGAAUAUUUCAAUCUCUCUUGAGCAGACAGGCCUCCACUAAUCACUGUGCUUAUGCAUUCAACCCACAUUUUCAUGGGACUCCCACAUCAGUUGUGUUCCAUGAAACCCAACCCUCCCAUCCAUUUUGUGGGCACAGGAGUCAAAGUUGAAACCAACUAUGAGCUUUAAUACGAUCACAAAGUGUGAAGAAUAGUUUGCUGGGCUUGGAGUUUUGUUGAAAACUAGUGUAAGCACAUCCAACUUUCAGGUGCAGGGGUGCGUAAAGUAUAGUCAUGAAAAAAAAAAAAAUACCCGCACAAUGUUGGACACUCCUGUUGUUAGUUGUCGGUGGGGUUUUGUCUCACAAUACAUGGGAUAGAUCACUUUUUCAAAUUUGUAGUCGAAAAAUAAGCUUUAAAAUAAGUUAACAAACUUUUAAAAAGGAUGUCUGAACAUCUCAUUGAACACGCUCAUUGAACACGCUCAUUGAACACGCUCAUUGAAGGAACAUUAGGUGACAAUAGAGGAGAGAUAAGGUGAUAGUUUGGUUACUCCUUGGCUUUUUGUCCAGGCACUGGUUUGGGUCCUGGGUCCUUUAACUAACCUCAGUGAAUGGGCUGUCAGCCCUCCAGGGGACAUAAGAGAUAUUUUUAUUUUCAUUAUGGAGAGGGACAUGCAAGGACAAACAUGUCCAUAGCACUUCUAACUCAUGUGUAAAUGCUCUGUAAAUGUUUUGUAUAUGUUGCUGUGGCUGUUGUACAAUAUAUCAAUAUAUAAAAUAAAAGGGAGGUCUAUGUAUGUCUGAGGACUCUGACACAGAAAUGACAGUAGCCUAAUACUGAGAAUUGUGCCAAUGUGAUCCAACAAAACCUAAUGUACAGUAUUUUUUAAAUAUUUUCCUAUACUGUAGCAUCCAGCUUUGUGAAUCAUAGACUAUGGUUAUAAUUCAAAUAGGUUUUUAUUUCCCCUCGAUCUGUUGGUGAGUAGGCUACUCGUAUGCUAAAGAGGAGUCCAAGCACAUGUUUUCUGCAAUAAUGCUGAUAUUGUAGUUUUACUUGAGGGGACUUAUCUUCCAGCAGUCUCACUUUAUUUAGUGUCCUUUAAUGCAUGCAGCUCUUCCACUGAUGAUGUACAAAAAUACAUUCUGUGAAAUUGAUGAAAGAGAGAGAGUGCGAGAUAGAGAGAUUAUAAAUUGUGUCACAGUGGUGAGUAUUUGGAUGCAAAUGCAAAUCUGUAUUCUUCAAUAUGAAUAGGAUCAUGUCUGGCAUGCAUUAUUAAAUAAACACAUGAAUGCAUAA